AUGGCGGCCGUCACGAGCCCGGAGACGAGCCCUCAACCCCGGGUGUAUUUCCAGACGCCGGCCGGCACCGCGGAGGAGCCCGAGACUCCGGUUCGGAAGCAGGGACGCGUCACCGUCAAAUACGACCGCAAGGAACUGAGGAAAAGACUCAAUUUGGAGGAGUGGAUCAUCGACCAGCUAACGGACCUCUACGACUGUGAGGAGGAAGCCAUCCCAGAGCUAGAGAUAGAUGUGGAUGAACUGCUGGAUAUGCCCAGUGACGUAGAGCGGGCCGCCAGAGUCAAGGACUUAUUGGUGGAUUGCUUUAAACCCACUGAGGACUUCAUCUCGGAGCUCCUGGACAAGAUCAGAGGGAUGCAGAAGCUCUCUACGCCUCAGAAGAAAUGA